AUGAAAGUUAUUAAUAUAAAUUUUGAUUCAAUUAUUGAUAAACAUUUUUCAGAAUUAAUUUGUACAAUAAUAUUAACACAUUUAAUUGAACCAAUUGAUCAUUUAAAUAAUGAAAAUAAUUCUUCACCAAAUUCAAAUUUAUUAAAUAUACAAGCUGGUAAUACAAAAAAUAUUGACGAAAGUGAUGAUGAUGAUGAAAGAAUAAAACGAUUAGAAUAUGAACAUUUAACAUUAGGACAAAAAAUUAAAACAUUAAAACGAUCUCAAACAUAUUAUGAAACAUUAAAAGCAGAAUUAACAAGAUAUGAAUGUUCGGAAAUGGGAGGACGGCCAUCAUCAAUACAUGAAGAUGAUAUAGAAAAUGGAACAACACGAUCAUCAAAUGCUAAUAUUCGUUUCCCAUCACAAGAUCCAUCAAUGUUCGAUGAUCACCAAUCAAUAACAACUAAUACACCAAAUGAAAUUAUAUCUGCACCAGCUGUAGAUUUAAAAUUAAAUGUUCAAAUUCAAAUUGCUAGUGAUUCAUGUAAUCUGUAUACAUGUCGUGAUUUAAUAUCAAAUUCACCAUUUAAAACAAUAAAUUCAACUAAACAAUAG